AUGGGGCCACUCCGCUGGCUGCCCCUGUUCACACAGCUGGUGGCGUGGCGGCUGUCGGGCGCCCGGCGCGCGGACCCCAUCAGGGUCUUCGUGGUGCCUCACAGCCACAUGGACGUGGGCUGGCUCUACACGGUCGAGGAGAACAUGCGGGCCUAUGCGGCCAGCACGCACACCACCGUGGUGCAGGCGCUGACCCUCAGGAAGCACCGGCGCUUCGUCCUGGCGGAGCAGGAGUAUUUCCGGCUGUGGUGGGACGGUGUCGCCUCGGAGAUGCAGAAGCAGCAGAUUCGCCAGCUUCUGGCCAAAGGACGCCUGGAGUUUGUCACUGGAGGCCAGGUCAUGCAUGAUGAGGCUGUGACCCACUUUGAUGACCAGAUUCUACAGCUCACAGAGGGACACAGUUUUCUCUAUGAAACAUUCGGGAUCCGGCCGCAGUUCUCCUGGCAGGUUGACCCGUUCGGCGCAUCUGCCACGACACCCACACUGUUUGCCCUGGCCGGGUUCAAUGCCCACGUCAUUGGCCGGAUCGACUAUGACCUGAAGGAGGCCAUGCAGAAGACUCGGGGGCUGCAGUUCGUGUGGCGAGGGUCCCAGUCCCUGGCGGCGCAGCAGGAAAUCUUCACCCAUGUCAUGGACGAGUUUGGCUACUGCUCGUCAGGGUUUUCCUGGGAAGGUCGGGCCCAGUUCCCAGAACCGCCCAAGGACGGGCUGUACGCGGAUGCGGACGAGCCUGUCACCGCGCACACGGUCGAGAGGUACUCGAAGGCCCUGGUGGAGGAGGUGAAGCUGCGGGCCGCCUGGUUCCGGACCCCACAUGUCCUCUGGCCCUGGGGAUGUGACAGGCAGUUUUUCAACGCCACGGUGCAGUUCGCCAACAUGGACCUCCUGCUGGGCUACAUCAACAAACGCACCUCCGAGCUCGGUGUCACGGCGGAGUACGCCACUCUGGGCGACUACUUUCGCGCCGUGCACGCUCACAAUGUCACCUGGCAGGUCCGCCACCACCAGGACUUCCUGCCCUAUUCCUCAGAAACACUGAAGGCCUGGACCGGCUUCUACACGUCCCGCAGCCAGCUGAAGGGGCUGGCGAGGCGGGCCAGCGCCCUGCUGCACGCCGGGGAGUCCAUGUUCACACGCCACAUGUGGCCUGCCCCCCCCCGGGCCCUGGACCCCGCCUGGGCCCUGAAGCAGCUCCAGCAGCUCCGCUGGGCCGUGUCCGAGGUCCAGCACCAUGACGCUAUCACCGGGACGGAGGCCAUCAAGGUGAGCGACAUGUUUGUGAAGCACCUGCGUGCAGGGAUUCGGGGUGUGCUCCAGCUGAUGUCCUCUGUUGCCCUGGAUACGACCCAAGCCCAUGCAGGCCUGUGCUCUGUUGCAGGCCCGGCGACCGAGGCUCGCUUUGCUGCUGUCUACAACCCCCUGGCUUGGACGGUCACCACUGUCAUCAGCCUGCCCGUGGGCUUCUCCAAGGCCAGUGUCACAGAUGAGUCAGGACACUCUGUGCCCGCACAGGUCCAGAAAGUGAAGGAGGCACCACAUAAAUAUGACCUGCAUGUGCUUGCCACAAUCCCUGGCCUCAGUUACCGGUACUAUAGCAUCAGGCCCACCAAGGAGGCCCAGGAGGGCGAUGGAGCUGCCAGUGCCACCAAGGCUUUCACCUCCAAGUUUGACCGCAGGCUAAGGAGACACACUGGGCCCCGGGGCAGACGCCUGGUGCCCGUGGACAACGGGUGCUACACUGUCUUCCUCGACUGGGACACCAACCUGAUGCACAGCAUCUGGGAGAGACAGAGUAACCGGACGGUCCGUGUGACCCAGGAGUUCCUGGAGUACCACGUCAACGGCGACACGAACCUGGGCCCCGUGUCCGACAACUACGUGUUCGCGCCUGGGCGGCCUGCGAGCCCCGCGUGGAAAGCGGUGGGGAUGGAGGUCGUACACGGGACUCUCAUGACUGAGAUCCGGCAGUACUUUUACAGGACUGUGAAUGCCAAGAAUCCCACGUACGCCAUCUACUCCCGCCUGGCCCACGUGCCACGUGGCUACAACGGGGACCUGCUGUGCCACCGCAUCGAGCAGCAGUUCCGGGUGGGCCCCCUGCAGCUGAACCGUGAGGCCGUGCUGCGGACCAGCACCAACCUGUCCAGCCGGCAGACCCUCUACACGGACAGCAACGGCUUCCAGGUGCAGCGCAGGCCUUACCGGCGCCACGCCAACAACACCAUCUCCCGGAACUACUACCCCAUGGCGCAGACGGCCUACAUCGAGGACGGCAGGAGCCGGCUGGUGCUGCUAGCGGAGCAGGCGCACGGCGUCUCCAGCCAGGGGAAGGGGCAGGUGGAGGUCAUGCUCCACCGCCGGCUGUGGAACAACUUGGAACUGUCCCUGGACUACAAUGUCACACUGAACGACACCUCUAUUGUCCGCCCGGUGCUCUGGCUCCUGCUGGGACCCCGGCCAGUGACCACCCGCCUGUGCCAGAGGAGUGGGCUGGCCCUGCAGCACCGGCCAGUGGUGGUGCUGGGGAGGCUGACUGAGACUGGCCACAAUGGCUCAGCGCCCCGUCAGCAGGAGGCCGUGACGCUGCCCCCCAGUCUGCACCUGCAGACCCUGAGCAUCCCCGGCUGGAACUACAGCUCCAACCACACGGAGCACCUGCAGAGUCUCCAGGGAGGCCGUCAAGGGAAGCCUAAGGCCGACCUCCACCGUGUCCUGCUGCGGCUGCACCACCUGUACGAGGCCGGGGAGCACCAGGUCCUGUCUCAGCCAGUGACCGUGGAUCUGAAGUCCGUGCUGCGGGGGCUGGGCCCCGUGCUGGCCGUGGAGGAGCGCUCGCUCACCGGGACCUGGGACGUGAGCGCGCUGCGGCGCUGGACGAGGAAGACGGAGGAUGGAGGCGGCUCCAGGCCCCCGCCCCCGGAAGGCCCCACUGUUACCAUCCACCCGAAGGAAAUCCGGACAUUCUUCGUUCACUUUGGGACGCAGUGAGCUUGCGCUGACCCUGGGCCCACGGCUGCCUGGGGCUCCCACGUGAAGGAGCUGGGCCCAGGCCUGGGAGAGCAGUGAGGAGGGGCAGGAGAGCCGGCUGCCAUCGGGUCGGCGAUGGCAGGAGAUGGUCGGACUGGGGCUUCUUAUUUUUUGAAA